AUGCAGCUCUCACCAGAAAGCCCUGAACUUACAGAACUAGCCCGGGACGCAUUAAGAUUCAUUCGAGCUAAUCGAGCUGGUAUUGAACUCAGUCUUCUUCAGGUUUAUACUUCUGCACUUAUAUUCUCCCCGAAACUCAGUACGAUCAGGAUGCUGUUUGGUGACGAGGAGCCUCAUCGGAUCACUACAAAGCCAGCUGUGGAAGACAAUUGGAGCGCAUGCUUGCAGACGCUUGAAGGUCAUGCAUCUGGCGUUUCCUCAGUGGUCUUCUGUAGUAACAGCAUGCAGCUGGUGUCAGGUUCAUGGGACCGCACGGUUAAGGUCUGGGAUAUUGCUACAGGCCAGUGUAUCCAGACACUUCUGGGUCAUACCAACGAGGUCUAUUCAGUCGCCUUGUCAAGUGAUAGCAAGUAUCUUGCAUCAGCAGAUAAAACCAUUAAGAUCUGGGACCUGGCCACAAGCCAGCGUCUCCAAACGCAUAAACAUCACAUCAGCGCUUUUGCCUCAGUAACUUUCUCGGGCGACAACACACAAUUGGUAUCAACGUCAGAUGACGGAACUGUUCAGAUCUGGGACAGUACAGGCUGGUAUUUUGGUUCGCUUAAGGGCCAUACCAAAGCUACUACCCUUGGCAGCCUUCUUGGAAACAAUACAAAAGUGGCAUCAUACUCUGAUGGUAGCUCUGCUAAGAUCUGGGACAAGGCAACAGGCCGCUGCCUGAAGACUCUCGAAGGCCAUCGAGGCCGCGUUACGUCAAUCUCCAUUACAGGGCGGUGUUUACAAACGCGGAAGGACCAAAGAGAUCGCCGGCCUUCAUACUCCUCUGUGGAUUCCAUACUUCUGGCAUCAGCCUCGGUUGACAAGACUAUCAAAGUAUGGGAUAUAGCUACAGGCCAGUGUCUCCAUACACUUCAUGGUCACAAGAAAUAUAGCGGCGCGGUUGCCUUCUCAAGCGACGGCACACAGCUGGCAUCGAUAUCAAGAGACGGAACGGCUAGGAUCUGGGAUGUAGCUACAGGAAAGUGUCUCCAGACACUGGGUCACGAUGGAUGGCCAUGUUCAGUAGCCUUCUCGAACAACGGCACGCAGCCGGCAUUGUCAUCAGGUGAUACCAUUAUGAUCUGGGACAUAUCUACCGGCCAGAGUCGAUGUACGAUUCGAACGGCCGACCUCGGUUACUUUAGCCAAAUCUUCUUUUCAGAAACCGACCUGCAGCUCUACGCGGAUAAAGGCGCCAUAGAUCUGAGACCUGGCACCGGUCCGACGUCGCGGCCGCGGGCCAAUGCGGUGGAAGUGGUAACCUUCUGCGGCUAUGCUUUCAGUCACGACAAUGUCUGGAUCACACGAGACUCAGAGAACGUGCUGUGGUUGCCGCCGGAGUACAGGCCGAGGUGCACGACCGUGAGUGGUUCCACGAUGGCCCCCGGCUGCGACGGAGGCGGGCUCAUAGUUUUGGGAUUUUCAGAGGACGACCCAAUCUUGUAG